AUGACUUCAACACUCCCCCUCGCCCCCAAGUACCCCCCGGUGAAGCUUCCUCACCCCUUCCUCACCUCCUACCAUGUACGCGUCGUUGAGAAUAGCACGCCGGCAAGGUUAGUCUUGACGCUCGAUGAGCAGCAGCCCAAGGACGGCCAUCCGCUCCCGGAACCGCUUCACCAAGAUACACUGACCUGGCUUGAGCUGGUCGUGCCCCCGCGCGAACAAUGUCCGCCCAUCUCGGACAACAGCCCCUGGGCGCGCGCUCGCCGGGCCCCAUCGACCGUCAUUAACUGGCCAGAGGACAAGGAGCCGUCGAUGGCUGCCUUUUGGAACGUCGUCCACGCCAUAUACCUCGCGCAUCCGAUCUAUGAAUACUUUAGGUUGACGCUGGAUGGAAAGGGACGAGAGGUGCUCAAGGACGCUCUGCUGGCUACUGGUCUGGCCAUUGAGCACCCGGAGCCGCGGCGUUGGGGCAAGGGUGCGAACCCGGAUGCGCCGCUCCCGCUCACUCCCUUUGGCGACAAGGAGCUGCUGAUCCUCCGGAGUUCUUUCUGGCAGGGUGCUGCCUCGCCCGUCGGUCCUCGCCCGAUCUGGGUCUACGGCGAUGGCACCGACAGGCAUCUGCCAAAGCCGCUCUUCAACUAUCCCAUCAUGCCCGAGAACUUCCACUUCUCUAACAAAUUCCCCGAGGAGCCGGUUUACACGCGGCACCCGAUCCGCAGGCCCAAGCCGGCGCCCAAGUCGAUUUGCUACAGCCGGUACAUUCCCGAGCUGGACCAGCACUUUUCACUGGAGGUGGUCGAUUGGCAGGACGACGAGCAUCUGAAGCUCUUCAACAAGUGGCAGAACGACCCGCGCGUCGCUGCUGGCUGGAACGAGACGGGCACGCUGGAACAGCACCGCGAGUAUCUCCGCAAGCUGCACUUUGACCCUCACGUUCUGUGUCUGUUUGGGCGUUUCGACAACACGAGAUUCUCUUACUACGAGCUUUACUGGGCUAAGGAGGACCACUACGGCGCACACUACGAUGCCGGCGACUACGACCGUGGCCGUCACUCGCUGGUCGGUGAUGCCAACUUCCGUGGUGCCAAGCGUGUAAAUGCCUGGUACUCGAGUUGCAUCCACUACUGCUUCCUGGACGACCCGCGCACGCAGAACGUCGUGGGCGAGCCAAAGGCCACGGGCGCCACGAUCCUGUCGUAUGAGAAUGCGCAGGGUUUGACAAUUGGCAAGUAUGUUGAUCUGGGCCAUAAGAGGUCCGUACACUCCAUCUGCAGCAGGGAGAAGUGGUUUCAGCUGUGCCCUCUGUGGUGGGAUGGCCGGGAGCGCCCGCUGGAGUCUGCGGAUCGUGCUGCCUGGAAUGCGAGAUUGAAUGAUCUGGUAAUGAACUGCCACGAUCCCAUGGCAUGUCAGCCCGUGGCCGGUUAUACUUGGUUCCGCGUCCCAGCGGUUAACGGUGACAAAAAGCCUGCCGGACUGCUUCUCAGUCACGGUCAAGGACAUUACUGCCAGUGCAACUGGAAGGCUGACAUCAUGAAGGUCGCCAGCACACUCGCCGGCUACGUCAGGCUGCUUCUGGCCGGCAAUCCGAACACGGGCGACCUGUGCAUGCUGGUGGCUGCCAUUCUCGCCGCCAUUGCCUCCGGUGUUCCUUUUCCCUUGAUCGGUAUAUUUUUUGGUGAACUUCUCAAUGACUUCAACGAGGUGUCAUGUGCCGAGGACGCCAGCUCGGGCAGCCUCACCGACGAGGAGGCCGACGCUUAUCAAGGCGAUGUCAACGACAAGAUUCUCAUGAUCGUGUACCUCGCCAUCGCUCAGUUCGUCCUCAUCUACGCCCAUCUCACAUGCUGGGCCUUAUACGGCUCGCGUCUGGCCCAGCGUUUACGUGAGAGGUAUCUCCAGCGACUCCUGCGUCAAGAACCAUCCUUCUUCGACAAGCUUCCUCCCGGAGAGGUGGCUUCUCGUCUCAGCGCCGACAUCCAGACCAUUCGUUCCGGUACGUCCGAGAAGGUUGGCAUCUGCCUGUCCAGCGUGUCCUUCUUCGUCACCGCAUACAUUGUUGCCUUCAUCAAAAACCAUGAGCUCGCGGCCAUGCUGAUCUCACUCAUCCCGGCCUAUUUCCUCAUGUCGUUUGUUGGAAGUCACUACAUCGAAAAGUUUUCUGGCCUGGUCGCUGAGCAUGCUGGCACGGCUGCUUCCAUUGCGUCAGAAGCUCUGUCGAAUGUCGUUGUCGUCCAGGCCUUCGGCGCCAACAACCGCCUGGAGAAGAAGUUUGCUGAUGCACUCGAUGCUGGCAAGCGUGCGGGCUUGAAGAAGGCACUGGCUGUUGGUAUUCAAUCCGGUGUCAUGUACUUUAUCGCCUACUCAGCCAACGGUCUGGCGUUCUGGCAGGGCAGUCGUGAUAUUGCCAAGGUUGCCGAGCAUGGGCACGGCGGUGCCAGCGUUGGUGCGACCUUUACGGUCAUCUUUAUCCUGAUAGAAGCCACUCUCCUGCUCAGUCAGGUGGCUCCUUUCGUCCACCUCUUUAUCGCAGCUGUUGCGUCGUUCCGCAAGCUGAAGGAGGAGAUGGACCGCGAGUCUCAGAUCGACGGCACGUCAGAUGCUGGCAUCCGUCUGUCGGCUCUUGACGGCUGGACCUCCGGCUUUGAGCUCGAGGAAGUGUCUUUCACGUAUCCCUCCCGGCCCGAGGUCACUGUUCUUGACAAGGUCAGCAUCCGGAUCCCGGCCGGCAAGCACACAGCCAUUAUCGGUCUGUCCGGCAGUGGCAAGUCGACCAUUGCCAGCCUUGUCACAAGAAUGUACGACCCAACUAGUGGCCGCAUUCUGUUUGGCGGGCGUGAUCUAAGGGAAGUCAAUGUUCGUGAUCUUCGCAGCUUCAUCAGCAUGGUUCAGCAGGAGCCUUCUCUGCUUGAUCGUUCGCUGCUCGAGAAUAUUGCUCAUGGUCUGAUCAACUCUCCGAAGCCUGAGCAUGCCCACUUGAAGCCGACUCUGCUUAGUUCGGCUCUUUGUGACCUCGCUGCUGAAGUUCGAGACGGCAAGAGUCUCGAGGAAGCCGCCAAGGCACAUAGUGCUGAAGUCGAAGAGAUCGUCAAGUUGGUCAAGCAGGCCGCUAAGCUUGCCGAUGCCGAUGGCUUCAUCAGCAAGCUGAAACAAGGUUACGGCACGGUCGUUGGCUCCAGUGGCCGCCUCAUCAGCGGUGGUCAGAAGCAGAGAGUUGCUCUGGCCAGAGCGCUGAUUAAGGACCCCUCUAUUCUCAUACUGGACGAGGCCACGGCUGCCCUCGACUCGAGAAGUGAGGAGCGCAUCCAAAAAGCGAUCAGCAAUAUUUCUGGCAACCGCACCAUGCUCACGAUCGCUCACCGGCUUUCGACGAUCACCAGCGCCGACAACAUCAUCGUCAUCCACAAGGGCAACGUGGUCGAGGAGGGUACGCAUGCUGAACUCAUGGCCAAGAACGGCACUUACGCCGAAAUGGUCCGUCUGCAAAUGAUGAGCGGAUCAACUGGUGUCUCUAAGAACGCUGAACCUAACCAAGAGGUGUCGUCUGUCGAAAUUUCCGAGAAGAAGGAGACUUCGACUGAAGACUCGAGCAAGGAGACGGCCUCCAUUAGCGAAAGCGAAGGUCCAGCCGCAGAGCCCGCACCUCAAGAGAGUGAUGAGCCCGAGACGCCCAAGAAGUCGUUAUGGGCGCUCGUCAAGGGCUAUUCUCCCACUGUCCGCCCCCAUCUUCUCACCAUAGCCAUCGCGUUCAUCGGCUCGCUCAUUGUUGGUGGUUCCUUUUCCGGCGAGGCCGUCAUCUUUGCGGCAACCUUUUUUGGUCUUAUGUUCUUCGUCCUGGCACUCAUCGAGCUGUUUGGCAACAUUGCUAGCUGGACCGGCUUCGGCUGGGUUUCGGAGAGGAUCGUGUAUGCCGUCCGCGUGCUGUCCUUCCGCUCGCUGUUCGAGCAGGACAUACAGUGGCAUCAGUCGAACGGUCGCACGCCGGCUGUGCUGCUUUCGUACAUUACUCGUGACGGCAACGCCCUGCAGGGCCUGAGCGGUUCAGUCAUUGGUACGCUCUUCUCCAUCACGGCCAACCUAAUUGCCGCCAUUGUCCUUACUCAUAUCAUCUCGUGGCGCAUCGCCCUGGUUUGCUUGGCCUUGGUCCCUCUUCUUCUGGGUUCCGGUCUCAUGGAGCUGCGCGUGCUGGGCAAGUUUGAGGAGCGUCACGAAACCGCCUACACUCGGUCAGUCGACAUCGGGACGGAAGCCAUUGGUUCGAUCAAGACCAUCGCCGCCUUGAACCUCGAAGAAGAGACUCUCAAAACCUACCGUCGUUCGCUCAAGGGCCCGCGCAAGGAGACUGCCAAGGUGACGCUGCAGGCAAGUUUCUGCCAGGCCAUGACUUAUUUCCUUGGUAACUGCGUCAACGCGCUUGCGUACUGGUGGGGUGGUAAGCAGAUCAUUGCUGGCAACGUGUCGACUGCGCAGUUCCUGAUUGUCGUGUUCUCCUUGCUUGUCAGCGCGCUGCUCUGGAGUCAGAUGUUUGCGCUCGCACCUGAGCUGUCGAGCGCCCACGCUGCCAUGGCCAGAAUUUUGAGUCUCAUUGAGAUCGGCUCAGACGGCAUGCAGGGCAAGGUGAAGCCGCGGUCCGAUGUCAACUCGGAGGAAAGGUCUAUCGAGGGCUCGGGCUCGUCUGAGAAGCGGCAGGCAGCACGCGUACAAUUUCGCGAUGUUGUGUUCGCCUACCCCGCGCGUCCUGACGCUCAAGUCCUGAAGGGCCUCACCCUUGACAUCGAGCCAGGUACAUUCUGCGCUCUGGUAGGCCCCAGUGGUGCUGGAAAGUCGACCAUCAUAUCACUGGUGGAGCGCCUGUACACACCACAGUCCGGCUCUAUCCUGAUUGACAAUGUCGACGUGACCAAGACCAAGGACCUGUCCUUCCGCAACACGAUCGCUCUCGUUCCUCAAGAGGCCAUGCUAUUUGAGGGCAGCGUCGAAUUCAAUAUUGGCCUGGGUGCGCCACCCGGUCACGAGGCGACCAAGGAGGAGAUUGAGGAGGCCUGCAAGCUGGCCAACAUCCAUGACGUGAUUGAAGAUUUGCCAGAGAAGUACCAGACAUCAUGCGGUACGAAUGGUGCGAGGUUUUCGGGUGGUCAGAAGCAGCGCUUGUCGAUUGCGCGCGCUCUCGUCCGGAAGCCGAGGCUGCUCAUCUUGGACGAGCCGACGAGUGCGUUGGAUGCCGAGUCAGAGAAGCUACUGCAGGAGGGUCUGGAAAAGGCGACGAAGGGGAUCACAGUGAUUGCCAUUGCGCAUCGGUUGAACACGAUUCGCAAGGCAGAUCGCAUUUUCUGGAUCGAGGAUGGGCGGUGUGUCGACUUUGGCACGCACGAGGAGUUGUUUGAGAGGCAACCAGCAUAUAGGGCGAAUGUUUUGCACCAGACAGUAGCGACAUGA